AUGCCUAAAACAAUCCCACAGAUAUUAGACCUAGACUCGUCAUCAACAUCAUUAAACUCUGUGGAAUCAACAGAAGGCUCGUCCCGUAUGGCAUCUACUUCGUCCCUUUCCUUUGCUGGCGAGCCACAAUUGUCGAGAAUCAGAACAAGUCACUUAAUACAGAAUAGACCGAGAAAAAGGAAAAGAACACCAAUAAUACAAGAUGAAGAAAGAGAUACUGCUAGUGUACCAGAGUCAACGCAACGUCAACUAGAUGCAAGCAAGCAAAUAUUGUACAAUGUUAUCGAUCGAAUAAUUGCAGGUCAAACGAUGGGCCAUUCUGUGCCAUUUCUUUAUAGUCGAGUCGAGGCAAUUUGCCGAUACAAACAUAAUGAGCAAAAAGGAUUGGCUGACUACUUGCUUGACAAGCUUGAUGGAUUUUUCAAAGAAAAGAUCGAGAACGCAAUUGCAGAUGUCGAAGAUGCAGGCAUUACGGAAUCAGAGGGGGGACAGCUCUUCCACUCCUUGGAAGUCUGUGAACACGUUCUCAAAGGUUGGAAGACUUGGAAUACGGCCAUCGUGAAACUAAGUCAAGUGUUUAGCUACCUUGAAAGAAACUAUUUGCGGUCACGAAAGUCUUCUAUAGUCGAAUACGGCAAAUCAAAAUUCACAAAGACAUAUUUUACAGACCUUUUACCUCCUGGUACUGAAAAGAACACCAGCUACGGAGAUUCUUUACUAAAACUGUAUGCGCUGAUAACUUUUGUGUUUUAUGAAGCAAAAUACUGGAAGACUUUU